AGCACUCUGCCUUCCCAGGCAGGCAGCUUGUCACUGCUUUCAGCAAUGUACCUGCCUCAACGCCAGAAGCCAUGGAGGAGAUAAGGUAGCCCCCCUCCCCGGACCGGAUGGGGAAACCCAGUUCAAUGGAUACAAAAUACAAGGAUGACUUAUUUCGGAAGUACGUGCAGUUCCACGAGGGCAAAGUGGACGCCCCCCCCAGCAAGCAGAGGCCUGGCAGCGAUGAGCACCUGCGGGUGGCGGCCUCGACCCUGCUCAGCCUGCACAAAGUCAGCCCUUUUUAUCGAUUCCGGAUGAUCCAGUUCUAUGAGGUGGUGGAGCGCUCCCUGCGCUCACUGGGCUCUGCCAGCCUUCGAGCCUUGCACUGCGCCUUUGGCCUGCUAGAGACCCUGGGCGUCAACCUCUUUCUCUACCCAUGGAAGAAAGAGUUCAAAAGCAUCAAGACCUACACAGGCCCAUUCGUUUAUCACGUCAAGUCGACGUUACUGGAAGAGGACAUAGGGGCCAUCCUGAAUUACAUGGGCUACGUGCCAGAGUUGGGGACUGUGUACAAGCUCCAAGAGCUGGUGGAGACCCUCCAGGUGAAGAUGGUCUCCUUUGAGCUCUUUCUGGCCAAGGUGGAGUGUGAGCAGAUGCUGGAAAUCCACUCACAAGUGAAGGACAAGGGCUACUCUGAACUGGAUGUCGUGAGUGAGCGCAAGACCAGUGCCGAGGAUGUGCGGGGCUGCUCAGACGCCCUGCGGUGGCGGGCCGAGGGCAGGGAGCAUCUGACAGCCUCGAUGGCCCGGGUGGUGCUCCAGAAGUCAGCCAGUGAGCGGGCAGCCAAGGACUACUACAAGCCCCGUGUGACCAAGCCCUCGAGGUCAGUGGACACCUAUGACAGCCACUGGGAGAGCAGGAAGCCACCCCUGAAAGCUUCAUUGAGUCUGCGGAAGGAGCCUGUGGCAGCAGACUUGGGGGAUGACGUCAAGGACGAGAUCAUCCGCCCGUCCCCCUCGCUCCUGACCAUGUCCAGCUCCCCACAUGGCAGCCCGGAUGACCUGCUGGCUCCCUCUCCCAGUAACGGCCUUGGCCUGCUGCGCAGUACAUACUUCUCCACUCAGGAUGACGUGGACCUGUACACAGAUUCAGAACCGAGGGCCACGUACCGCAGGCAGGAUGCCCUGCGGCCGGAUGUGUGGCUGGUCAGAAACGACGCCCACCCCCUCUACCACAAGCGUACGACCCCCGCCAAAGAGUCUGCCCUUUCCAAGUGCCAAAACUGUGGUCUGUCAUGCGGCUCCACCCUCUGCCAGCGCUGCGACAGCCUGCUUGCCUUCCCUCCGGCCUCCAAGCCUAGCGCCAUCCCCAGCAAGGCCUCCACCCACGACAGCCUGGCCCACGGGCCAUCUCUGCGGGAGAAGUACGUGAGCCAGAGUCAGGGCCUUGACCGGCUGCCGCACCUGCACUCAAAGUCAAAGCCCUCUGCCAUGGCCACCUCCCGCUGUGGAUUCUGUAACCGCUCGGGCGCCACCAACACCUGCACCCAGUGUUCAAAAGUCUCCUGUGAUGCCUGUCUCAGCGCCUACCAUUACGACCCCUGCUGCAAAAAGAACGAGCUGCACAAGUUCAUGCCCAACAACCAGCUGAACUACAAGUCCACCCAGUUCUCCCAUCUUGUGUACAGAUAGACUUGACCUUGCACUUCUGCUACAAGGGCUACACCACUGACCGUUCUGGUUCCACGGUGAAGAGUAUGAAUGCAUUGAUCUUGGAAGCAGGGGCCUGCACUUGAGCAUGUAGGUGCCGGGGGUUCGCGGAGCUGGCUGCACCACAGGGAGGUUCACUCAGCCACCAUUGACUCGUGUUUCAACUGAUGGCUGCUUUGUCGUUUGACAAGGGAGAGGGUGGCGCUUCCGUUUAGAUUCAUUUUGCUAAUCUCUCCACUCCCUGUUCAGUUG